GGGGCGGGUCAUAGAUGCGCCUAUGACUGCCUUGUUGCCAGGCGAUGAGGGACACACACACACACCCCGUAGAAUGGUUGUUGGGACGCUGCUCUGGUUCUGACGUUUUGGCUCCUCCCGUUAUUCUGGGCCCGGCAGAGUGGUCUGGGGGCGGGGCCUAUGAGCGGCCGGAACCGGAAGCUGGCCGGGCGGGGGGUGUUGCGGAGGCGCGCUCCGGGUCGCUCCCCUGGCGGCUGGUGGGUUCCGGCGGCGGGAUGCGGCUGGCGGCGGGCGCGCUGCGGGCCUGGCGGGAGCGCUUCGAUUUCGGCGGCCGGAACGUGGCCUCCUGGUUCCCCGGGCACAUGGCGAAAGAAAAUUCUGGAGCGCUUGGAGCAGGAAGGACUUAAAAACAUCCUCUUCACAAACUGCAUAAAAGAUGAAAAUGUCAAGAAGGUCAUCCCUCUCAUCACGGAUCUGGUCAGCAGAAGCCAGCGCUACCAGAGAGCUGAGAACGUGGAGUACUGCAUCAUGGUGAUCGGAGUGCCCAACGUGGGGAAAUCCUCCCUUAUCAACUCCAUGCGAAGGCUGCACCUCAAAAAGGGGAAAGCGUCCCGUGUGGGUAGCGAGCCAGGGAUCACCAAGGCCGUGCUUACCAGAAUCCAGGUCUCCGAGAGGCCCCUUAUGUAUCUGCUGGACACGCCUGGAGUGCUGGCUCCGAGAAUAGAGAGCGUGGAGGCGGGCAUGAAGCUGGCUCUGUGUGGGGCCAUCCGGGACCACCUGGUGGGCGAGGGCGUCAUGGCCGACUACCUGCUGUACACCCUGAACAAGCAGCAGCAGUUCAGCUACGUGGAGCGCUACGGGCUGGGCGAGCCCAGCGACGACAUUGAGAGCGUGCUCAAGCGGGUGGCACUGAAACUGGGAAGGACGCACAAAGUGAAGGUGCUCACAGGGACAGGGGACGUGAACGUGAUCGCGCCCGACUACUCUGCAGCUGCCUAUGAGCUCCUGCGCACCUUCCGCAAGGGGGAGCUGGGCCAGGUGCUGCUGGACUGAGCCCCGCCCAGCCCCCACGCCUGGCUCGAGCUCAGCUGCCAUCCUCUUGCGCAGGCUGAUCGUGGCUUGGAGGCGGCUCACGGGCAAAGCGGGAUGUGGUGGUGCCCAGGCUGUUUCCCUCCUCCUGCCCCAUGCACAUGCAGCUCUGGGGUCAGUAUGGCCAUGGCCAGGAGAGCAGCCCUCAUGUGGGUCUGUGUUUGGCUUCCCAGCCAGGGCCCCUGUCAUCACUUGUGUGGGUUCUGUCUGCCCAUCAUCCCCAAGGGUGACGUGCUGUGAACAGACCCUAGCCCAGGGACUCCACAUCCUCUGUUUCGGGGAAGGGGGGAGAGGCGAGUCUUGGGGCAGUUCAGGGCCCUGCCUUUCCCCUGCGUAGGUUCAUGCUCCUUUGGGCUGUUGCCCUUGUGGGCAGAGCCAGCCUCCGUGUCUCCUGGAAGAGCAGAGCACGCCCUGCCAGGGACCCCUUCUACACGAGGCGCUCUUUUGCUGUCCCACAGCAUGGACCAAAGGGCUCCAGCUGUGUGCGGGCAAACCCUCAUCUGCUCUGUCACUGCCACAGUGCUGGCAGCCCACUGGUCUUUAGUGGCCAGCAAGCCCCAGGUGCUGGGCCUGGAUCCUGAGGGCAGGUACAGCGUGUGGUGGCAGCUUCGUUUAAAAUAAAAUCUGGGGCACGUGUAGUGAAAUCCAAGCCCUGUGCUGCUGGGAUAUAAUGGCCAUUAAAUUCAGUUCCACCCUGUCA